AGUGUUCAUGAAUAAAUUUUUAUAAACUGUAAAAAAAUCGGGUUUACUCAAAAAUACGUCACAACACGGAAGUAAAGUCGAUCGCGACUUCCUGUUUACGAUUAUUUUAAAGUUUCUGCCUUCAUACUACUGGUUAACGCUGGUUAACGCUAAUGCUUUAAUGGCAGUUAUCACCGAAAACACUCGUAAUAGAGUUUGGAUUGCCCUGAAGAGGCUUGAUCUCAAUGACAGCAGGAUCAUUGCUUUACGAGAGGUUCAUAUUCCAAGUGGGGCGAAUGUAGCCACUGUAACACAAAUAUUAGCUCAUUGUUUCAGACUUCACACAUCUCAGACAACAUUUAAGAUCCGAAACAAUCAAGGGUAUUUAAUCCCAUUAAACUGCAGCAUGCCACCAAACAGCAAACAAAUGCCAUAUGUCCUUGAAGUGGCCAGAAACUACCAGCAUGUUAAUCCAAGACCUAGAAGUAAUCCUAUGACUGUGAUUAAUAAAACCCUGAAGUCAAGACUACAGAGCAUUGCGAAAAGAAUUGAAAGAUUAGAAAACCUGUUGCCUCAAGUCAAACUAAAACAUCAUGAAAAGAUGACAAAGGAUAUUGAGUUACUUAACCAAAAGUUGGUGUUUCUUCACAAACGAAUGCAGGUAUUUUUUUAAUAAUACAAUGGCGGAGUCUUAUUGCUGGGAAGGGAUGCUUAAAAGAGCUCCACUGUGGUGAAUGAGAUUUCUAUUGAAUGUCUCAGAGCUAAAAUAUAAAUUUAUGUUUUGUGUCUAUUCUAAUAUAUCUUUCAGAAAUUUUGUGAAAACCAUGAAUUUCCAUUUAUUUAUAUAGAUUAAAAACAGCAGUUUAUGAAGUAAAUAAACAACAACAAAAGCUUAGCUUCUUGUAGUAUUUUAGGUGCAGUCACUAGAAUGUGUUCAUGAUUGAUUUAUGUUUUAAGUUUAAAUAAAACCUGUGCCACACACGAC